AUGAAGCCUUAUGUACUGAUUGCCAUCUUUUGUCUAUCAACGGUCUUUGCGCGGGCGAAAUAUCGUGGUUGCUUGAGGGUUGUAGGACGACUCGUUUGCAACACCAAUCCGGCAAAGCAGGGAAAUAUAACUAUAUCUAUGUACGAUUCGGACUGGCUCUCCAGAAAUGACCUAAUGGCUGUUGGAACCACCGAUGAAAAUGGUUUUUACCAGAUAACCGGAUGCGCGGCCGACUUCUGGCCAAUGAAACCUGAUCCGUACUUCACAUUCGAUCAUGAAUGCCCGGUCGCCUGCCAGCUAUGCCCGCAGAGAAAUCAGACGGUCCACACUUUCAAACAAAAGAUAGACAAGCGCUAUUUGACUCACGGGGUGCACGUCAACGCAACGAUCCUCGAGGAUAUCUUCCUGGCCGAAAAUGCAGAACUGGACGCGUUACGAAAGUUUACCCUACCGUCUAUCAAGGAAAAAGGGCAUUGGGCUCGGGGCAAUGCGUGGCCCUGGGACGACCUCCCACCCGUUUCCCCUGAGCUCUCCUCAUUCGUUUGGACGCUGAUACGAAAGUUCGGGAUGUGGGCCUUACUGUUGUUCACCUCCUUAUUCGUCGCCGUCGGCAGCGUGGAUCCUCAUCGACCGUACUACCCCCGCUGCCUCAACCUGGUCGGCCGUUUCGUCUGCCGCACCGACCCCGAAAAGCACGCCAACAUCACAGUGUAUUUGUAUGAUUACGAUUGGGGGCUCACCGACGACUAUGUCUCUGAGAACCAAACGGACCAGUACGGCCGCUUUGCGCUACGGGGCUGCGCUUCGGAUGGCUUCUUGUUUUUCCGACCGGAUCCAUAUAUUGUCGUCCACCACGACUGUCCGAAAAAGCACGAUUAUUUGCGACAGGGCCAUACGUUCAGAAGAUUCAUCAGCAAGUCUUACCUCGUCGACUACCGCAAGCUUCACUACGAGGCGCACCUUCACCCCUAUUAUCUUGACGAAUAUGAUAAGGUCCCAGUAGUGAUCAUACCAAGCCAUGUGCUGGAUAAGAGCCGCCCGAUCUGGGGCUACCCUGAGCCUGAAGUUCAAGCCGACACUGCUGAUCCAUAUCAUGUCCCUGACUAUUACCCACCCGCAAAUAUGGACCCGAAAUAUGAACGGGAGUCCCGAAUUCGCAUGAUCGAUAAUCAUAAGCGGUGGCUGAAAAAGCAAGCCGAACGUCUGGCUAAUGAGGAUUGGGAC